GACACUUUUCAUUGGUCUAAUGUCCAGUAGAAUACAAUGGCUAAGAAUAACUUCAAGCUACACGUGGAACUUGUGCAUCCAUGCCUAACAACAUUCUUCAAGAUGAUUGUGUAAGCUGUAAUACAUGUUUACAUUUCAAAUCCAUCUUGUAAAUUAUGGCGAUGUGUGCCAACAGCGUAGAGAUUUUCUAAUAUUUCAUUGAUAGUGUCAAGGAUGGAGACAAAAUAAACUUUGUUUUACCAUCAUUUUUGUUUCUUUAGUGAACCUCACCAGUUUCUUGAUCGGAUAAAAAGCAAGAAGUAUUCAACGAUGAUAUUUUGAUUUUUAAGCUGCAUGUACUUUGGAAAGAUCUUUGGAAAGAAGAGCUGCGGACUUGGUUUGUUUGGAAUGUCUGCUUUCAAAAUUAUACAGUGUUAUUGAUGUUUGAUAGUUAAUAUACACUGUAUACCUGCAAUGAUGGAGCAACAACAUAAAGACAAAACAUACGGCUAUGUUAUGUCUCCUAAAAGUCACAGAGUAACAAGGCCAGAACAUGGCAUCAAUUUUUCCCAGCUUCCCAAUGUGACUGCAGGGGCUGACAUCACAGCAGCUAACUUCAGUGACCACUUUCCUGACACUUCUGCACCAGCGAUCCAGAAGGUGGGCGGAAGUGGCAGGAUGUCGCCGGUACGGGCGCACACCAUGAAGGAGUAUGAGCAGCAAAUCUCCGAUCUGAAGAAGGAGAACUUCAGUCUCAAGCUGCGCAUCUACUUCAUGGAGGAGAGAAUGCAACAAAAGUUCGAAGACAAUGAUGACAUCACAACAAACAUUGAGCUGAAAGUAGAAGUCGAGAGCCUGAAGAAAGAACUGACUGAGAAGCAGCAACUGCUAGUCAAAGCAUCUAAUGCUGUGGAGAGCCUGGCCCAUGAGAAGGAUGUGAUAGCAGAGAAGAUGGAGGAAGAGAAGGAAGAUGCGCUCAGUCAACUCAAGGAGCAGCUCGAAGGCAAAUGUCGCAGGAUCCAACAGGAUCUUGAUGAGCUGGAGCGGACAAACCAGGGUCUACAGCAGCAGCUCAACAAUGCUUCCUCUACCAAGGACAACCUGGAGGGUGACCUACACAGCAAGAAGAUGGCAUCUCAGAAGCAACACAUGGACAAUAGAGGAGUCCUAGCCGAGAAAGACAGGGUGAUAGAACAACUUAACUCAGCACUGAGAGCCAAGGAUCAAAUCAUAGGAAGGCUUAACGAUGAGAAGGUCCUUACAGCCAGGAAGACGCUACAACCCUUACAAGAAGAGGUCAACAAACUCAAGGAUCAGCUACAGGAGAAAGAGGACCAAAUUGAUGAUAUUGAGAAAGGUGCAGGCAGAGAUAAAGACAGAGACAAGGAGAGGAUACGCAAACAAUAUGAGGAUGUGUAUCUGGAACAGGAGAAGAGAGUUCGUGAGUUGGAAGAUGCAACCGAACAAUUCCAGGAUGAAAUCAGAAACAAAGCAAAGAACAUCAAGGACAUUGAAAAUGCGUUGAAGGUGUCACAAAAAGUAAUUAAGGAGUUGGAUGGUAAAGUGAAAGACAAAGAUGCAGAGAUCGCAACGCUGGAGAGCGGUGGCAAGAAGGGAGCUAAGGCUAUACAAGGACUGACAGAGAUGGUCAGAGCCAAAGACAAAGAGAUCCAACAACUAUGUGACCAAAUAGAGGAUAUGGAGGAGGCCCUCACCAAGGCUAACGAGAGAGUCAACAAAGCAGAGCGCAAGAAACAUGAGGGUAUCGAGCAGCAAAACACUUCAAUGUCAGAAUUAGAAGAGAAGUUAUCCGACAUGAGAUCACAGUUGCACACCAAAGAUCUAGAAAAUGAGCGAUUGCAGCGUUCAAUGGCCAGGAAACAGCAUGAGUUAGAGAGGCUUCGAGACGAGGUGAGAGAAGCAGAGGACCAAACAGAUGGCAUGACUAGGCAGAAAGAUGAUACAAUGAAGCUUUUAAAGGACCAACUUCAAGAUGCAAAAGCAAAAUCCAAAGAAAAUGCAGAUGCCAUUGAACAACAUUACCAGAAUCUCCUUGAUGAUAGCCACCAUCAGUUGGAUAUGAAGGAGAAGGCCAUCCAGAGGCUUACUAAAGGACUUCAAGAAAAGGACAGACUAGUUAAGGAAUACAUGGAGCUUGCAAAGAAUGCCAGCUUGCCUGAUGCUCAGCAGGCAUCAACCGAGAGCAUUCUACAAGACCUCAGAGACAAGCUAGCAGACAGGGAUAAAGCUUUGCAGGAGGCAAAUGACGAGAAGAUCAAGGCUGUAGAUGCUAAGGAGGCAGAACUGAGAGCAUUGAAACAAAGUCUUAGGGAUCACCAAAGAGAUCUGGAGAGAGCUAAUGGUGAUAUGAUGGAAGACGCUAACAGACUAGGGGAAUUGGAAGCUAAAAUGAAGGAUUUGGACAACAAGAACAAACAACUCUCUGACAGUGUCAAGGCACUCAACAAAGCCAACCACGAUGCGGAGGAUAACCACCACCGGUCCCUUGGUGAGAAGGAUGCGAUCAUCAGCCGUCUCCAGGCAGCCAUCGCUGGGAAGGAGAGGGAGCUGGAGGAGGAGCGAGGCGUUCAGCAGAAGAACCAGGACCGCAACGGAGCGGCCCAGAACGUUGCCAUCCAGCAGUUGACCGAACGACUCAGGGACAAGGAUAAACAACUGGAGGAGAUUGUCCGCGAGCGAGCUCAAGUAGCCGCGGCCAAUGAGAAAGCUACGCAAGACCUCCUGCAGACCAUUAGAGACAAGGACACUCAGAUCAAGGAUCUGAAUGACAAGUACAACAGAGCCCUGGUAGCUAAGAGCAACGCACUGAGAGACCUACAGAGACAGGUCAACGAGAAGGAAUAUGAACUGCAGAACGCAGAAGAGACGCUUGCAAGAGCUGACCAUGAGCAGGGCACUCUCCUUGGAAAGAUGAGAAACGCCUUGGCAGAGAAAGACAAGACGAUAGAGAAGCUGCUUGAGAGUGGUCGGGAGAAGGACAGGUUGUUCUUGGAGAUGCAGCAGUCGGCCGUGAGGGCGUCACCCAGUCCGUCGCACCAUGCCGAGAUGUCAAGGCUCAAGGAUGAUAAUGAUAGACUCAACAGAGAGAUAGACAAACUCAAAGAUCUGCUAGCAAGACUGAGAUCUCAGAAGCCUGAUGAGGAUUAUGUGGCCUCUCUCAGGGAGGAUCUGGAUAACAAAAAUAAACUACUAGCCAAGGCAAAGGAAUCUUUGGAGUCUCUUCAAGAUGGGCAAGAGGCAGAUAGGCAGGCCAAACAGAAUGCAGCCAAGCUUCGCAGGAAGAUCAUGGAUCUGGAGGACGACCUCCAAGCCAAGCAAGACCGCAUCGAUGAGCUUAACAAUGCAGGAAGGAUCAAGGAUGGUCUGAUCAAGGAACUGAAGAUGGAGAACGGCAGGUUGGGAAAUAGCGACCAAUCUCCCAGAGGAAGUGAUACAUCAGAACAGCUUCAGCAGCUCAUGCAGGAACAAAUCCGAGAGCUUAGUCGCCUUACCAACGCCCUCCACGCCAACCUCCCCCUCAACGUCAACAUCACCCACCAGAGUGAGACAGGAAGCAGCCGAGAUGCGUCCCACGAUGAUAGGGACAAGAACAGCCUCAGGGACGUCCUGGGGGCGGAACUGGCUGCCAUGCAGACCCUGAGGAGACAGAUUGAGGAGGGCAUGGGCAGGAGGAAUGAUAAUCACCUGCAUGUGGUGAUUGACAGGCAAGGUGCUGUGCAAUCGUCAACGACUAGUGGUGUAGGUAGCGGAGUCGGCAGUGAUAGCAAUGAUGUUUCGCCAACUAUCACCACAGCCAGUGAGGCACAGCGCAGAAGCUUUGGAGUUGGCCAUGAUCCAGAGAGCAUGCAACCACCUCCUCUCUUCUCCCGAGACACCAAUCUCUACAUUCCAGUUCCCCAACCGGGUCUCAGCCUGGACGAACUAUCUUAUCCCACAGCUGCCACCAAAGACGAGCUCCAGAGAGAAGUGAUGGAGCUCCGGUCUCAGCUCAAGGAGUCCAAGCGGAGGCAGCAGACCCUUGAGAAGCAGUUGGAGCGGGAAGAGCUUGAGAGCUUGAGGAGCAUCCCUGGACACGACCAGACCGAUCCCACCGCUGCCACCCGUGAGGAGCUCCAGCGGGAGGUGGCGGAUCUUCGCUCCAACCUCAAGGAUGCCAAGAGGCGGUACCAGUCCCUGGAGAAGCGGAUUGAGCGGGAGGAGCUGGAGAGCCUCAGGAGCGUUCCCGGACAGGAGACGGAUGGUGAUCCCCAGGUGAUCUCUGGGCUUCAGAAAGAUCUGGCAGGACUGAGGAAGAAGCUGAGGGAGAGCGAGAGACAGAACACCACACUCAAACAACAGCUAGAUGCAGCGUUACUCAAUCAAGCAAGCAGUGACAGUUCAGGAGACCAUGUGGUUCCAAUCUUGAAGCAACAGCUUGAUCAAGCCAAAGCACUGCUUGAAGAGAAGAAUCAUAAACUACAGGCAGCUGAACAGCAGAAUGCUGCUCUCCGUCACCAUCUCGGCAUUGGUCCAGAAUCUCCUCCAGAGUCUGGAAGAGACCUUGUUGAUAACCUAAAGUUAGAGAAUGAACACCUAGCAUCUCAGCUUCAGGAAGCAGUGAAACGUGUACAGGGAAGACAACAUGAUAGCCAGAACAAAUAUGGACAGACAUCGGUGGGUGCUUCGGCAGACGGUGUGCAGGUCGCACUUCUCCAGAAGAAACUGGACAAAGCACAGAACUUGAUAGAGCUUCUGAAGAGGCAUAUUCAUCUUAAUGGCUCAGGAGCAGAAGGACAGGAGAGAGAGUUCAAUCCGGAGUUGAUUGUAGACAUGGCGAAGGAGAUUGAACGUUUGCGCAAGGAGCUGGACUCCACGCAGGACCAAGAGCAAGGGACUCGUGAGAAAGCAAACCGUACCAGUAGGAUCCCAGUGAGAAGUGCUUCAAGUUCGAACAAGGCUGUCAUGCCUCCAUCUUUGAAUAAGCAGCUUGAGAAGGCCCAGUUGGAGAUGAAUGCAACAAAGAGAAGGUUCAAAGCUUUGACUCUCAAGCUUCAUGCAACAGAGGGCACUGUUCAUCAACAGGCCGAACGCAUCAAGCGUUACAGACGACAACUCCACAACGUGGGGUUACCAGUACCAGGUACCCCUAAGCGUGUCAGCAGCGACUCAAAUCUGCUGAAUACAUCUACUUAUGCUCAAGCUAACCGUCGCUUGUCGGCCGUUUCUUUGUCGCAUAUCCCCAGUUCUGAUGACGACAGGGACAGUACAUCUUCGGCAAGCUUGACACCAUCAGAAAGAAGUGUGGGCCCUGCUGAUGUUACGUUUGCUGGGUUUGGUUUGACCAAUGACACUGAUGAACUCAAAGAGCAGGUAACAGUCCUUAAGAAGCAGUUGAAGAGGUGCCGCCACGUCAUCCGCAAGCUCCAGGUCCGUAUUCAGAAUGGCGGAUUAAGCCGCCCCACCAGCCCAUCCCGUGAUCCUUCUAACCCCAACCCUUGGUUCGAGCUUGUCGCCAACAGAGCGGCCUUUGAGCGUCUCCAGCAGGAUCUGGAGAACGUCACGAGCCAGCUAGAGAAGGUGAUGGACGCCAACGGCUCCCUGCAGGAGCGCAACCAGGAGCUGCUGUCUGAGCUGGUGGAGCUCCAGACCCAGAAGCAGAACUCCUUCAGCGAGGAGGUGAUCAGGUCCCAGGAGAUGGAGAUCGGGCGGCUCCACGAGCAGCUGGCCGAGCUUCGCAGCCUGAUGGCUGUCCUCACCAACAUGCUGACAGAAGCGUUGGGAAUCCUGAAGGGACUGGAGAAGGAUAACAAGACAGCCAUGGAAGGGGCCGACUCUGAGAGAGUGACUGUCAUUGAGGAGAGGCUGAGAGAUGGCACGGAAGUGGUGGAUACAAUCAAAAGACUCAUAGGAGAUGAAUCGCAGUUUGGAAGAAGGCAAAGUGAAGAUGAUGUCAGGGAAUUGUUUUCAGACAGGUUGCGAGUGAAGGAUGAGCAGAUGCAGCAGUUAAGAGAUGAAAUCAGAGGACAACAGAAGCUAAACAGAGAACUCCAAGAGAUCCUACACAAUAACCAACUCAAGGCUGACAGCAUGAAAGAUGAACUUAAAAGGUUGAAAUCUGAACAGAAUCGGGAUACCAAAAUGCAAGAGGAUCUGGAGAGCCAGAAGAAACAGAUCCAAGACAUGCAGGAUAUCUUACGCAGACAGGAGCAGAGAGCAGAGGCUUCAAGGAAGGACCUAGAGAGGGAGUACGAGAAAGAGAUCAUCAUCCUGCAUGACAGAUUGGAGGAAGCGAGGACGAUGAACGACAAGCACAGAGAGAAGAGGAAGAAGACGACUUCAUCUGGCUCGGAACACUCGGAUGGUCAAGGUAGUAUCUACCUGUAUGAAACCAACAUCAAGCUGACGACCGACAAUAGCGCCCUCCAGAGGCGGCUUGCCGAACAGGAGGACAAGACCCUCAGGGUAAAAGCCGAGUUGGACAGAGCAAACAAAGAGAUCAAAAGGUAAAUAACAUUUCAUGUU